AUGGCAGACUCUUCGGAUGACCCUCAUCCAUCCCAUCUCUCUCCUAGCGAACUAGGAACGAAAGAAUACUGGGAAACAUUCUACUCCAGAACCCUAACGCACAUCUCCUCAAAACCAGACCGCGGCAAUGCCGUAACCUCCCUCUCCUCCUCCGCCGCCGAAGUUGCCGACAACAACAUCUCAGACGACGAAAGUGAAGACUCCUACAACGCCGACUCGGACCCCGGCACCUCCUGGUUCUCCGAACACAACGCGCCCCAAAAGGUCCUCUCCUUCCUUACGCGAGAUAAAUUCCCGCUCGCGCCAUGCAAUACACUCCCCGCGACCCUGCAGGGGAGACGAAAAGCGGGGAGGCCACUGAGUGCCACUGAGAAGGACGCGCAGCCAAGUAUCUUGGACUUGGGUACGGGGAACGGGAGCAUGCUUGCUCUUCUAAGGAAGCGGGGUGGGUUCCGGGGGACAAUGGUUGGGGUGGAUUAUUCGGAGAAGAGUGUGGAGUUGGCAAGGGAGUUGCAGAGGUCUAGGAGGCAUGAGGCUUACUUGUCGGGUUCUGAUGAUGAGGAGGAGGAGUAUCAUGGGUCUGCGGAUGAGGGUGAGGGUGUGGGUGAUAACCCAGCAGACGCAGACGCAGAAGAGGAAUGGGAGGAAAUCCGCUUCGAGGAGUGGGACAUCCUCAACUCCGGCGAUGAUCUCGCCUCCGAGAAGCUAGACUGGUUUCCGUACGGCAAGGGCGGGUUUGAUAUCGUCCUUGACAAGGGGACGUUUGAUGCCGUGUCGCUCAUGGUUGAGAAAAGCGAGUGUGAACGGUACCCGGGGAUUGCGGCGGACUUGGUUCGCAAGGGUGGAUUUAUCGUUGUCACCAGCUGCAACUGGACCGAAGAGGAGCUUGUGCGGUGGUUUACUGCUCCUACGGCGACUGGGGCUGGUGACUCGGAGAAGGCGGCGAAGCUGGUCGUCUGGGGAAGAGUGCAGUAUCCACGGUUCAGAUUCGGAGGGCAAGAAGGGCAGGGCGUUUGCACGGUGUGUUUUCAGCGUGUCUAA